AUGUCACCACAGUGUGGGAACACUGCGCUGUCUGGGAAGCCUCCUCUGUCCAUUUCCUUCUCUGGGUCCGGCUUUCUCUCCGUUUACCAGCUCGGGGUGGUCCAGUGUCUGCUGAACGUGGCCCCGGGGGUGCUGGAGGGAGCACCCAAAGUAUUUGGGGCGUCAGCCGGCGCCUUGGCCGCGGCUGCUGUGGUUUGCCGAGCAAAUAUGGGGCGUCUACGAGAGGAGACGAUAAAAUUAGCGCAUGUCAUUCGGGGACGCAUGCUAGGACCACUGCACCCUUCUGCGGAUGUUUUCCACGGGAUAGAACGUGUAUUGCGACGCAUCGUCCCAGAGAACGCACACCAGCUGGCCAACGGGCGCCUACAUAUUGCUAUGACACGCAUUCCCGACGGCAAGGACGUUUUUAUAUGUGAAUUCCAGUCCAGAGAAGACGUGAUUCAAGCGCUGUUGUGCAGUUGCUUUCUUCCCAUGUACUGUGGAUUAACGCCCCCCAGAUUCAAGGGAGAUCACUACAUCGAUGGAGGUUUCACCACCAUCCAACCGGCCCAUGACCACCACAGUAUACUCACAGUCUCCCCCUUCGCCGGGGAGGUGGACAUCUGCCCCACAGACCAGCUCGAAGACCACUACAACCUGGUUGUGAGCGGACUGGCCUUCCAAAUGUCCAUGGUCAACUUCUACCGAAUGGUGGAUGCUAUCUUCCCCCCCUCCCAUCUCAUAGAGCACCAACCCUCUUUGUUGAAAGGCCUGAAGGAAUGUUCUGGAAGCAUCAUGGAAUCUGAUAUGCUACGAGAGGAAGAAGAGGAAGAGCAGGAGGAAGAGGAGGAGGAGGAGAGGGAGGUCCCAGCAACAGUCCCGGAGGAAGAGGAGGAGGAGUCGGGGAUUUUGGAUGUUUGCUCUCACAAUCCAGAGAGUUUGGCCUGGAGCCUGAGGUCUCUGGAGCUACUCCUGUACCUCAGUCUGCCUCCCUGGGUGCAGGCAGCCCUGUUAUGCAACUUUAUCUCCCAAAUUGGACUGGAGGGUUUCCAUGACGCUUUCCUGGCACGUCUGAUAUCGUAUCUGCUCUUGCCCUACACACUGCCUACCUACAUCUUCUGUGACUUCACCUACAGACUGCUGCUCAGGCUAAGGCCAAUCCCUGAGUAUAUCUUCUGGCUGUGGCAGGAUAUGAAGCAGAUCGUGCUGUUCAUAACCAGAGUCACUGUGUCGAGCCUGAAGAGAAACCUGGCAGACAGGUUCCUCCCCUCGUUCCUCCAGACCCCCGUGCCCGAGUCCCCGUCGGAGGACGACGGCGUUCCCGCGAAGACGCCCCGGAUGAGACGGCGUUCCACCCUGCGGGUGCAGCUCUCUGGCCUGAGCUCCAGCUCCUCCGACGGCCAUCCCCGCCCUGACGGCCGGGCCCUCUCCUUCCUGCUGGACCUGGGGCUGGAGCUGGACAGCCACCCCGACGCCCGGGGCCUCCUGCCCAGCUCGGAGGCAGAGGAGGAGACCGCCCCCACCCCCACCCUCAGCACGUCCCAAAAACCUGCAUGGGGGGAGAUGGAGCAGAAGAAAGAGCGGUGAAAAAUAGACACCAUCCUGAAGCUGUGCAAGAACAAUGGUGAAUUAGCACACGUGCGUUCACGACGGCACACGUUCGCGGCUAAGUGCUAACAGUUACUGUCGUACCAUUUUAAAUGGACAUUCCAUUUAGUUCGCCACCAACGGCGUUUUAAUAAAAAUGGAUGCGACUUCGGUCUAACAGUGCCAGCUAGCUGAUAGAACAAAUAUUACAUUGAUUAAAGUGUAUUAUAACAGCCAAAUUAUCUUCAACACCUGUUGUGUUUCUUAUUAUAUGCAUUGGAAAAAAAUCAG